CGCGUCAGUCCAAAAGCACCGCUUCGUACAAAAGCAUCAAAGCAUAUACGUUAGACGGGAAAUUUCAAAGGGAAGCUAGAUUCUGUUGAGGAAACAAUAUUGAAAAAAAAAAAAGUUAAAGUAAAUAUUUGCUAAAUGUUAUUAUCUCCCACUCAGGAUCUCGUGGAUUUUGUUGUUGAGCGUAAUUCAUGAAAAUCGAUCAAGAGCGAUUUUAUUAAUCGGUACCGCGCUUUUGUCUUUAUCGAAAGUUUUGAAUUUUUGUAAAAUUUUCAAAUUCACCGACAUCCCUUACGCCGUACAAUCACGCCUUACAACGAUCGUUGAAUAGAAUUAUUAAAAUUGCGCUUAAGUAAAAUUCAAUGUUUAAGUCGAUUGAAAUAUUAUAUUCUGACAUUUAUGAGAGUUGAAUUAAUUAAUUUUAUCAUAAAAUUCCUUCUCUCUCAAUAUCUUGAAAUGAUUCUCACGACCCAAUAAACAUAACGAUAAUGUAAUCGCGGAGCAAAAUUAUCGAGGCGCGACGGUGGUGUCAAAUCGAAACAUGAAUUUCAUGUUAUCAGCCGGAAGUGGAAGUUGGACGUACCGCGAGAAGAAAUUCGGCAAGCAACCAGGUAAGGUAAGAACUAGAGAAAGAAAGCAGCGAUUCGCAAAACCUAGAGACUUCCGGAAAUUCAGACUUUAUAAUAUAAGAAGAAAACAGAGAUCGAUGAGGAAAAAAAAGUUUUAACUUGACAAGAGACCGUCCCAGAUUUCCCUUUAAUCAAUUAACAAGGAUGAAGUUCCUUGAUUGGAUUACUUCGUUUUUUGAGCCUGACAGUCGAAGUAGGAAGAUGGCCCCAUAUACAAUACAUAACCAAUUAUAAGGAUCAAGAGAAGAAGCAGUGAGGAUGAAGGUACUGGAAGACCAAACAUCAGGGCAGGAUAUGAUGGUGCAGAGUAGCCAGACUCGAUUGAGGCACGCUCUGCACAGGCUCCAUCGUGGAAUCCUAAUAACGAGUUCCACCUUGACUCCAAAUUUGAGUACAAGCGAUCCACUGGACGCUAUUUUGGAUGGAAGAAACGGCAGCGUGCUCGAGGGGAAUGAUUCCAGCGUGCCGGACGAGGCGAAAGUCGACGAAACUACACGUAAAUUGUACUUGUACUGUACGCCGCCAUUAAUAUUCCUCUGCAUACUAUCUGUAGCUAUUAACUUGAGGAUUCUUCUGAGCGUACAUUGGAUCAGACGCCCAUUGAGUCCCACCCUACAUAUAAGUUUGAGUUUAGCAGCAGCUGACGCCUUUUCUGGCAUCGCCCUAGCUGUUGGACUUAUAAUGAACAGCUUCAUUCCGAUUGCUCUGGGACACACAUUAAGUGGAGUCCAGUGCUUCUUAAUGGGCCUGGAGGCAGUCCGGUUGGGAUCCAUAAUAAUUACUGUAGCUCAUCUUAUGGCACUUGCUGUUAAUCAUUAUCUUGGUAUUCUCAGACCACUUCAUUAUUUAUCUAUAAUGACACACAGAAACACGACGUUUCUCAUAGUCCUCCUGUGGAUUUUACCCUUGUCGUUCUUUCUGGCAUACUUCAGUCUCGUUGAGAACGAAGGCUUUCAAUCCAAAGGCUGUCUACAGACCUCAUUUCUACUCCAUAAGAAGUUUCGACUGAUGUUCAGCAGUUUGUUCUUUUGUCCAUUCAUCGUAAUGGUCUGCAUCUACACCCACAUCUUUCACAUAGUGCGCAAGCAUCAAGCAUCCAGAUUACGAUUUAGCAGAGCAGGAUCAUUGCACAGGGGUACCAACGGCGUUCAGCAGAAUUCGUCCCAGCAAAUGGCUAGAAGUGUCAAAGCCAUACACACCACUCUCUACAUUCUAGGUAGUUACGUAGUCGGCUGGAUGCCAGGUACCAUCCUCUAUACAUUAGUCUGCAAGGACUGUCUCCUGGAUCUGAGCGGGUUAACUAAAAAUGGCAUAUUCUUCGUCAUCUGUGCGGUGAAUCUUCUGAUAAUCCUGAAAACUAUCGUCAAUCCGAUAAUUUACGCAGCGCGAAUGCAGGAGAUCAAGGUUGCUACGAGGCGGAUGCGUGGCUGGUUCUGUGGUUGUCUCGGUCAGACGUCUGGGUCGGAAGCCAUCGGGAUGGGACACAGCAGCGAAGGAAUUCAGAGUAACAGGCCGUCAUUGUCAAGAACAGCUGUCUGUAGAUGGACGAGUAACAUGAGCAUCAGGAAUCCACGAAACGGAAGUUACACUUACACUUAUACAGGAAAUGGAGCACAGCAUGUUCACACCAAUACGGUGCUGUGAAGAAGUCAUGAAAUUGCGAGGACGAAGCGGCUGGAUCGUUGUAAAGGGGCUGAAAAAUCUUCAUUUCCUUUUCCUUCCGCGUGUUUCAUGAAGCUUGCCGAUCAGUGUCAAAAUUUGGGCAAUUGACACGGCUCGAGUGAGUUUUACAAGAGAAACAACUUCACGGCGUUAUAUGAAGUAACGAGACUUUUAAACCUUUGAAAGUGAUUACAGUCUUAAUAAUUGUAUCUGCGAUUAGACUUCUUGUGUUAUGGUUGUAAUGCAUAAUACGUGAUACUCAUUAAGUAAUUAGAAUUAAUUAAAACAAACGCAACAAUCUAUAUGCACGUUAAUGCGUACAGUGAGCAUAGGAAACAUUUGUGUAGACACUUAUUUCGAGAAACAAGAGAAAUUUUAAGAUAUUUUUUCGAGGUAGAGUAAAAGUGAUAAUUGCAAGGUUGUUUUGUUUUAUUUGCCGAGUAACUUGAGGUAAAUUAAAAAACAAAAGGAAGUGACGUAGAACACAUGAAGGUAACAUAAACCAUCUCUUAAUUUUGCUCUACCAAAAAUACCUUUAAUUUUUUUUUUUAAGUUAGUCUCUGCAGAAAUACUUGCUGCGCUCACUGUAUGUAGUCUCUGUAAGGGACUACUUGAAUCACGUGGCAGUGGUACGUGGUUGACAGCUGUCAAAACUGACUGGUGCACUUGAUACAGAUAGUCCUGUAUAUGAAUAAAUGUAUGUAUAUAAUAAUGUAGAAAACAAUACGAAUAUCCUGAAAGUGUUUCGAGCUUCUGCGUCGAUGUCAAUUUUUUCUAUGGCCGUGUACUAGAUGUAUGCAUAACUAUAAAGCGUGCAUGUUAAUUAAGCAUCCACACACAAAAAUACGGACGGUGCCACAAAAUAUGAAAGAUAAUUGACUCUUGUAAUAUAAUACAAUUUUCAAGAAACUUGCUGUGUAAGAGGCGACUGGCAACUGGCGAAUGAGAUGUCUUAAAAUUGUCCGAAAUCAGGGUGCGAGAUGUAUGAAUAUAAAUUUGAUAAUUAUAA